UGUCGCCGGGCCGCGGUGGCUCCAUUCGAAGGCGACGGCGGUCGUCUGUCUGUGUUUCGGCUCGACGACGAUAACAACAACAACAAGGGAGAAAUAUAUCCACACACACACACAAAGAUCUCUUAUCGGGAACAACGCACUCGAGCCUUUACGGAUUGUAAAUCCGGAGGAGGGAGGGUGAGAUGACGACGCGGUAAUGGUGAUAAAAACCCCGGCUGGAAACGUUAGUUUUGAAGAAAGACUGAAGUAGAGAAGGGAGCCAUUUUGUCCCGAGCCGUGUGGCAGAAGAGAAAGAAGGACAGAAGAAAAGGAACGGAAAGGCUGGAUUUAUUAUUAUUUUUCUUCCCCCCCCCCAAGACACAGAUUUAUCCUGACACCGCACGGUUUUUAUUAUUAUUAUUAUUAUUAUUAUUAUUAUUUAAGAAAUAAAAACACAUACACAAAAAACGGCACUUUUUGCGCACGCUCCAGAAAACUAGCCAGGCUAACGUUAGCUUAGCACCAAGCUAACCAGCACGUCUGAGUGGUGUGUUUGUUAUUCGGGAUCUCAUUUCUCUAGUGUUAACUCAUUAUAUAUAAAUAUAUAUAUAUAUAUAUAUAUCUAUAUAUAUCUAUAAAAGGAAAUUAAAUAAAUAAGACGACAUGGCGAAGAAGACGUACGACCUGCUGUUCAAGCUCCUCCUGAUCGGAGACUCCGGUGUGGGGAAAACCUGCGUGCUGUUCCGCUUCUCAGACGACGCCUUUAACACCACCUUUAUCUCCACUAUAGGAAUCGAUUUCAAGAUCAAAACAGUGGAACUGCAAGGAAAGAAGAUAAAGCUACAGAUAUGGGACACAGCAGGUCAGGAGAGGUUCCACACCAUCACCACCUCCUACUACAGAGGAGCCAUGGGCAUCAUGCUCGUCUAUGACAUCAGCAACGCCAAAAGCUUCGAGAACAUCAGCAAGUGGCUCAGGAACAUCGAUGAGCAUGCCAAUGAAGAUGUGGAGAGAAUGCUGCUAGGCAACAAGUGCGAUAUGGAGGACAAGCGGGUCGUACCAAAGGCCAAGGGAGAACAGAUUGCUAGGGAACAUGGGAUCCGUUUCUUUGAGACGAGUGCGAAAGCCAACAUCAAUAUCGAGAAGGCCUUCCUCACGUUAGCAGAAGACAUCCUCAGAAAGACACCUGUAAAAGAGCCCAACAGUGAAAAUGUCGACAUCAGCUCUGGAGGCGGAGUCACAGGAUGGAAGACCAAGUGUUGCAGUUGAACAGUCCGUCACACAAAUCUACAAGCACGUGUCCACACACACACACACACACACACACACACACACACGCCUACACACGCAGUUUCUUCUCUUCUGCCUUUUCGUCUCACUUACACUCAUCUCAUUUCCUCCUACUUUGUAUCUAACUCUUCCUCCUCCUCCUCCUGCAGUCUUUCACCAUCUCUCCCUCUCUCUCUCUUCCACAUCUGUCUCUCUCUCUGCCUUCUUUCCCCCGCUCUCAUCCGUUCGCUGACAGUUUUUAUUUCUGAUGACAACAAAAAAAAAAACAGUUGUAUAGAUAAAAAGAGAAAUCAUGUCACGUUUCCUGUCGUUUAUUUUUUUUAAAGGUUUGGAAUAAGAAAGGGAGAGAAAACAAAAGCAACCAGAACAACAACAACAACAACAACAACGCUUCACCACUACAUGUUUAAAUAAAGAUGAAAUCUGACACGAGAGAAGGGGACGGUUCCUCAGAACCUUCCGGACCUUUUUUCCUUUUUCCUUUUUGAUUAUUAUUAUUUUUGUUCCUUUGGGAAGGUGUAAAAGCGACCCAAGCGCUCAUGACUGUGUACAGUUUCCGGAUUGGUGAUUGGGUUCGGAUGGAAACCAGUUAGGAGUUUUCGUCUUUUGUCCUCUUUAAUUUUUUUUUGUUUGUUUGUUUUCGUCCGGUGCCUUAACGUGGAGCCGAAAUCUCCAACCUCCCAUUCACCCUAAGCGACACACACACACGUGUCCAUCACCUGUAUAACAUAACUUACCAAACUCACCAGAACAGACACCCACAUCGUCCUUUUUUUUUUUAUUUUAUUUUUUUUAUUGGUCACUCACCUUUUGUUCUGUCCCUCUGUUUUCUCCUGCAUGCCACUUUUCUUUGGUUUUAAAGACUUGUGCUGCAAGGAAAAUAAGAAAACAGGAGAGAAAUGCAGCUGCAUGGCUCGUGUACAGGGAUGGGAGUGGGGUUGGGUGUAGUCUUUUUUGGAAAUUUAUUAUUAUUAUUAUUAUUUUUUGUUUUGUUUUGCAGAUCCAUUAAAAAAAUAAGCUUGUUUAAGUUA